AUGAGAGAAGUUAUUUCAAUUCACGUUGGGCAAGCGGGAGUUCAAAUUGGAAAUGCUUGUUGGGAAUUGUAUUGUUUGGAACAUGGAAUACUUCCAGAUGGUACAUUUCUGGAUCCAGAUGGGAAUUCUGGUUCUUUGACAACCUUCUUUUCUGAUACCGGAUACGGUAGACACGUUCCACGUUCAAUUUUUGUGGAUUUGGAGCCGACUGUUGUAGAUGAGAUUCGGACCGGAACUUACAAGAAACUUUUUCAUCCGGAACAAAUGCUCACCGGAAAAGAGGACGCUGCAAACAAUUAUGCUCGUGGGCAUUAUACGGUCGGGAAGGAAAUAAUUGAUACAACACUGGAUCGAAUCAGAAGACUAGCAAAUAAUUGUGAGGGAUUGCAAGGGUUUUUCGUGUUCCAUUCAUUCGGAGGAGGCACUGGAAGUGGAUUCACUUCUAUGCUAAUGGAAAAACUUUCGGGUGAAUAUGGGAAGAAAAGUAAACUUGAAUUUUCCAUUUAUCCGGCACCACAGAUAUCAACAUCUGUAGUUGAACCUUAUAAUUCAAUUCUAACAACUCAUACAACUUUGGAGCAUUCGGAUUGCUCAUUUAUGGUUGACAAUGAAGCAAUUUAUGAUAUCUGUCGUAGAAAUUUAAGGGUUUCUAGACCAACUUACACCAAUUUGAAUCGAAUUAUCUCUCAGGUAGUCUCAUCAAUCACGGCAUCUCUUCGUUUCGAUGGAGCAUUAAAUGUGGAUUUGAAUGAAUUCCAAACGAAUUUAGUACCGUAUCCACGGAUUCAUUUCCCUCUAGUGGCUUAUAAUCCACUUAUUUCUUCUGCCCAUCACGAGAUUUUAUCGGUCGAUGAAAUCACUAAAAACUGUUUUGAAUCAUCAAAUCAAAUGGUUAAAUGUGAUCCGAAAAAUGGAAAAUAUAUGGCUGUUUGUCUACUUUAUCGUGGAGAUGUUGUUCCAAAAGAUGUAUCAGCUGCGAUUAAAUCAAUUAAAACUCAACGAUCCGUUCAAUUCGUCGAUUGGUGUCCAACUGGAUUCAAAGUGGGACUGAACUACCAGCCACCUACAGUAAUACCUGGUGGAGACAUGGCUAAAGUGCCACGUGCAGUUUGUAUGCUUUCGAAUACCACUGCAAUUGCUGAAGCAUGGCAAAGACUGGAUUAUAAAUUCGAUCUGAUGUAUGCAAAGAGAGCUUUCGUUCAUUGGUAUGUUGGAGAAGGAAUGGAAGAAGGUGAAUUCUCAGAAGCCAGAGAAGAUUUGGCUGCUCUUGAGAAAGAUUACGAAGAGGUUGCUGCUGAUUCGAAUGAUCAAGAGAAUGGGGAUGAUGAGUAUUGA